UAGCGAUACCAUUUUACUACAAAUCAAGUAGGUCGAUUAAAAAAGGAAGUAAAUAUACAGUUUCAAAAUGCGUCCGGUGGGAGUGAAGACACAUCGGAUGAGAUUUUCAAUUUUAAAUGUUCACCUUGUCUGGCUAAUAAUCGGAAUAAAGAAGCUGUGAAAUAUUGCGUGGAAUGUCAAGGAUAUUAUUGUCAGUCUUGUGCUGAUAUAACUCAUAUGAUUCCUGGUUUAAAAGGUCACACGCUUUUGGAUAACUCAAACUAUAAGUCUCCAGGCCUCCAAGCAGGAUUACCAGCAGUACGACGGAAAGAUGUUGCAUUCAUGAGACAAAGAUCGUGGACAUGUACUGUGGUAAUCAUGAUGAGGUUGGUUGUACAACAUGCAUGGCUUUAAACCACAGGUCUUGUGCUGAUGUGCAAUCCAUUCCAGAUAUUGUCAGCAGUAAAUUUCAAACGACAGAUGUUGAUAAAAUACACCAAAAGUUGCAAGACUUGAAAAUGAUGAUGGCGAAAACUAUGAACAUUAGACAAAGACUGAUAGAAGACUUAAAGAAGUCUAAGACGGAAGCAGUAAUGGCGAUAAAGGACUUUCGAAAAGAAAUGGAAACAAUUCUUGAACAACUAGAAAAAGAAUCGAUUAAAGAAUUGGAGAUGAAGUUUAUAGAAGUAGAAUCCAAAUUGCUGGAAGAGAGGAAGAAAGCAGAAACGGAAUCAGAACGUCUGAAACAAGCAGUUAACGACUUGAAGAAAUCAGAAGGAAACAAAGCGCAACAAUUUGUCUCGAUGAAAAUGUCCUUGAAAAAAAUUGCAAAAAUGGAAGACGUAUCUCGUUCAUUGCAAACAAGUGUUGAUGCAAAUAUAUCAUUUAGCUUUGAUCCUGCUAUACUGGGAUUUCUACAGCAGUUGAAAUCUUUUGGAUCGGUCCAACAUGAUUCUGCAAGAUCGCCAAGGACAACCGUCUAUUCUGUUAAAGAAAUCGAGAAUUUAAACAUCAGAGUCCAGAAUGACAAAUACACAUGUCGUGUGUUUGGAUCCUGUCUUACAGUGGAUGGAUCACUACUGUUAGCAGAUCAUAACAAUAAUAAGAUUAAACGUGCAGAUAUUGUAAAAAUGUCAGUGACAGAUUAUUGUUCUGUUCCUGCUGGACCUUAUGGCGUUUGGUGUACAAGUAAAAAUGAAGCUGCAGUCUGCUUUCACAAUACCAUAAUUCAGUUUGUCUCCAUCGGCAAGCAGAUGACAACCACUCGUCAGAUAAAACUGAACCAUUGUUGCCAUGGCAUUGCUUAUAAGGAUGAUAAGCUAUACAUUACUGACAACGGGGGAUCGUUAUACAUACACGAUAUGACAGGCAACAUAUUACAGACGGUAACUCAAGACAACGCCGGGCAAAACCUGUUCUCAAACAGUCGAACUGUUGCUUUCAGUGAUGUUGAUGAUAAAGUGUUUGUUGCCAGCUGGGAUAAAGGUCUAGUAAUUAUCAAUGGACAAGGAAAACACUGUCAAACCUUCACUGAUUCAGAAUUAAAAGCAGCGUCUGGAGUUUGUACAGAUCAUAGAGGAAAUGUGCUUAUCACCGGAUACAGUUCAAAUAACGUGAUACAGAUAGGGAGAGAUGGAAAGAAAAUGGGUGUGGUCACGAACUCAUCACAUGGACUGAAGCGUCCAUUAUCCCUUUGUUUUGACACACAACACAGCAAACUAACUAUUACCCUAGAAAACAGUGAUGUGGUAAAAAUAAUUCUACUGCAAUGAAAAAGAAUGUUAAUCAAUUUUGUUACAGUUAGAUGUGUUUGAUGUUUUUUGCACGCUGUUCCUUUCUGUGUAUUUGAUGGAUUAAUGCUUCAGAUUUAUUUAAUGUUGAAACUAAAUUAAAACCCAAAGGGGUUUCCCUUACAUCAAGUACUGUCUGAUGUUUGAGGAUGAUAAACCAAUACGAAAUAACUAUGUGUAGAAAACUUACUGACAUUUAUUAAGAUUAUAUUUGUCGUAACGCGAUAUAAGACUCAACUUUUCAAUAAUUUCAGAAUGUGUCAUAUGUGUACCACCGACAAUAGCAGUUUUCACUGUGUAUCUCCUUACUAGAAGGGAGAUUUCGGUUUUAUUUGCGAUGAUGAUAAUUAAAAGGACUAGAUCAAAGAUUUAUUUCUUUAACUUUGCUUUACUUUACUCACUCAGUUAACUGAACGAAACUAUUUCACUGAAAAAAUGCAUGUAAAAGUUUGUUGCCUGCAAAACAUAAAUAUCAAAGCUUUUACCGUCAAUGUCUAAUAAUCUGACUAUGUCAGGGUUAAGAUGAGUGAAUAAUUGUUUAUAACUUGAUCGGGUAUAGAUCGUCAGCAAAAUCAGCAGUAUGAAACUUUACGGGAUCUAAUGUAAAUCUGAAGUAAUUUAAACCAAAUUGUUUAGCUUACUGAAUCGACAUUGUUAUCAUUGACCAAUCAAAUUCGUUGCAUUAAUUUCGUAAAGCACUCAUUAUUUUGCAAAGUAAAAUGGAUUUUAUUUCUAUGUCUGUCUAUAGCUAUGGGUAAGCAAGUGGGGCGGGAAGGGAUGGGGGUGGGGGUGGGGCGUCUUUCAUUGGUAUCCAAGUUUUCCCUAGAAACUUGUUGUACUUGAAAAUUCUCUCUUUCUUCGUUGAACUUAUAGUGGCAUUUUCUUUUUCUGUAUACUCAUUUGAAUAGCCUUUUACCUUUACUUACAUUAUUUUGACCAAAAGUUCGGGGUACGGGCAAAGCAUAUGUUGAUGGCGCCUACAGUGAACGUUGGGGAUGUGGCUCCCGCCCCAAUUACCUGUCUGCUCAAAGCCUAUAGACGAGAAGGAAUAGAGUUUAAUUUGACAUUUGAAUAAUGGAUUAUUCCGACCAACAGUUGUCAGGCAGCAGUUGUUUUGAUAAAGUUAAGCAAACCAAAGAAGUCAAAUAUGUGAGCAUGACACAACACAAUUUGUCGCAGUUUAAUAAAAAAAAUAGUGUCAGAUCAAGUGUAUUGUUUUCGAAAUUUAUGUCGCUGAACUAUCUCGCAUUGCAGGAUUUUAACUUCUACUAAAAUUAUGAACAUGGACCAUGGCUUCUUACCACACGUUAUUAUCUAUGCGUUUAAUUGGAAUGCGGUGAACCUUUAAAAGGCAAAUUACUUAAAUAAACAUGACUGUAAAUAAAAAUUGAACACAAAAAGGUUUUCAGUUAGUCCGAACAAAUGCAAAGUUAUUCUCAGCGUAAGUCACACAUUAUAGAAUUGAUUAAACUUUGAAGGAAGUUAGUUUUACUGUAUAUAAUAAUCAUAAAAUAUAUAUAUUAUUGAUAAUGGUUUAUAUUUUUCUUGAUAUCGUCUUAUUCAAUUUGAUAACUUUUAAAAGAUUUUGAUAUUAUUAUGUACAUAAAUUUAGAGGCACGCCUUAAAGGGACUAACCCGCACAUUUUAUGUGAAAAGUUAUUUCUCUAAAAACUUCAUAAGAAGAGAGUACUCAGAAAGUGACGAGUGUUACAAACAUGUAAUGUUUGCAAGAUAUUUUUUAUACAUAACCAAACUGUUGUGAAGAAGGUAGUCACCCAUUGCAACGCUUUUGAAAUAAUGAAGAAAAUUUACAUUCUUUUUGCAUUUUUACCUAUAUUUAACUUU